AUGCAUUCUAUUCUUCUUGUCGGUGCUGCCCUCGUGGGCUCUUCCCUCGCUGCUCCCGGAGGAUACUGGGAUCUACACAAGCCUCAACCGACUGGUAGUGUUCCUCCUCCACCUCCAGCAUCAACCUCCACCUGGACUUCGACCUCUGUCUCACCUGAAAGCACCACCAGUACCGGUGUAGGAGGGUACACUUCCACAGGCACCGAGACUUGGACCUCAACCGGCUUUGUCCCCUCGUCCAUCUCCGUAGGCACCCGAGGCUCGUCCACGGUCUACUCGACCUGGCUCGCCUCGACCACCACCGUGCUCACUUCCACCUGGACCUCCGUCCUGCCCGCGACAGAGGUAACCUCUACCGGCGUAGAAACCUGCGCUCCGGCAACGACAGUCACCGAAACAGCCACCGUCAGCGUGACCGUGACUGUCUCUGCCAGCACCAGCACCAGUCCUGGCGAGGGUACAACUACUGUUGUCAUUCCCCCCGCUGCUUCCACUUCCACUUCCUCCACCUCUGCCACGAGUGUAGUCGUGAGCGGCACUGAAACUGCUACCGGCACUGCUACUGCCCCUACCACUGCCACCGGCACAGAAGUAACCACCACCAGCAUCCCAGCCGAAACAGGCACUCUCUCCACCUCCACCUCCACCCUCACCGUCACCACCCCAUGCUCUACCCUGACCACCUCGAUCGUGGCCACAGGCACAGAGACUGGCGUAACCGGCACCGCGACCGCCACGACAACCAGCACUGAGACCGGCACCACAACGACCACCGGUCCAGUCGGCACUGGCACUGGGCUAGCCCUUGUCCGCAAGUGGCAUGACGGCACCAAGCCCAUGAUUCACUAA